AUGUCUCUUCACUAUUUGCCCCCAGUUAAGCCAAGCGCUAUUGCUCUCGGUACUGCUUUCACUCAGCUUGGUCACACCGCCGUCCUAGCUCCCCUCUUCGGUGACAGGUACGAGCGUGCAAGAAAGGCCAAUGCCAGCCAAAACUUCCUCCACAGCAAGGAAGCUAAGCAAGGCGCUGUCCUCUUCGGCACCACUCUCAUCGGCUCCGGUGUCCAAACAUACGCCAUGGCCGCUCUUCUCACCACAACCGGCACCCUCAGCUAUAAGGGUGCCGCUUACCUCGGAACUUUGGUCUUCUUCACUACCUCUCUAGGAGCUACCAUUGGAGGUCUCAUUGGAUUUGGAGAACCCGGUGCUAAGGCUAUUGAUGUAGCUGAAGUUGUUGCUGGAACUGCUAGUUCGUUAUUAGAUACUGUUGGUCUUGCGAUUAUUUUGAACUGGUGGGGGGUUAGGACUAUUGAAUCUUUCUAA